AGAGAUAUGCCAGGGAACAGCAGCUCCACACAGGCCUCCAUAUGCAUGCAGCAUCAGCGCCGUGACAGGAUGAUUGAUGAGGAGGUGUGUCAUAAGAAUGCAGGCGGAGCAUCAGGGAUGUUUCAAAUUCUACAUCCCAAACUCACCUCUCACCUCAGUUAAUGACUAUGUGGGCUUUUCUAAACCAGAGACUUUUCAUUUUCCUCCUCGUGCUGCUACCAUUUAGCAGAAGAAGAAUGAGGAAGAGGGGACAGAAUUUGGGUUUUUGAAAUGGAUUUCAUGCGCUUUACCAAUCCUCUGGAGACCUGGGUGAUUGAGGGCCCCCAGGAGAGAGUAGCUAUGGAGGGCCAGUGGGAAGGAGGUGAAUCUGGAGAUUCCCUCAUGCUUUCAGGGGCCACUUUCAUGUCUAAAUCUAACGUGGGGACACUGAUGCGGUCUGAUACAGAGGAUUCUGGGGUGGAGAUCUGUUCUGAGGCUUCUCUCCCCUCCUCUCCUCCCUCUGUGUCCACGAGUAAUACAGAUAUUGAUCCUACAGUCAGUGACGAGGAUGGAUUCCCCUCUACCUCUUCUCCAUGCUCUCCUGUCCUCUCUCUGCCAUCUUCCUGCUCCUCUUCCUCCCUGUCCCUCUGCCCCAGGGCUCAGCGGCACAGGGAGCUGGCUGCGGUCAUGCAUCUAAAAUUGGAGCAGGCACUGAGGAGGGCAGACUCUGGAGACAGAGACGCUGUGCCCCGACAGCGGUGUCACACGGCUUCACUACCAUCACCUCACACAGUGACCCAUAUACAGAGGGCAAGUCACAGGUCAGGGAGUGCUGGUCUGAGGAGGACAGUCAGCCAGUCAGUAGUGGAAGAACAGGCCUCAACGGCUCUGCUGCAGCACAGAGGAGGGCUCUGCCCACAUCACAAGACCCUGCCUGCUCAGACAGACACAGAGAUCAGGGAGAAGGAUGUGUGUGAGGAGGAGUAUGAGAGGCUCACCCCUGGGCUGGGCUACCUGGAGCAGGUAUGCCGGAUGCUGGAGGAGAUCGCCAGCCUACAGCUACGUAACCAAGGGUUACAGGUGGAAAUGGAUGCUCUCCGGGAGCAGCAGGGGAGCCAGAAUUCCGAACGCAACCAGUGUGACUUCAAGGCUUCUGAGGAAGGCGGCCCCUCUGCCAAUGAAAGACUUGAAGUCAAAGAUUAUGAGGACUUACCCUGCCAAUCAUCUCAUAGCAAUAGUAAUGUGCAUCAGCAUUUUCGACAUAGGUCAACAUCGGACACAGUACUCAUGAUGGGACAUCUAAAGAAGGGGAAGGAAGUGUCUGGAAGGAGGUCCCGGACUAUAGAGGAUCUGCUUGAGCAUCCCGAGGAUGAUGAAAAGCAGGAGAAAGAAGAAUCAGGAAAGAAAGAACAGGGAAGUAGGACAAAGACCUGGAAGCUGAAGAUUGGCUCUCUGAGGAGGGAGACCACAGAGAAAACCAGCCAACAGAUGAAUUCAUCCGUGAAGAAAGCUAGCGGGCGUUGGUUGGGACAGCUGUUCAGGAGCAGGAAAGCUGUGCCAGAAUGAGAAGAGCAGGAUGUUCCAACAUUACAGUCAUUGGUAACAUUCCUCCUCUAAGACUUGGAGAAUGAGGACAUAUACUGUAGCACUUUUUACACAAAGCUGUGGAUGAAUAGGACUCACAUCUAUUUAGUCAUCUCAUUAUAUGGAUAUUGACAUGUAUAUUUAUUGUCUAAUUCUUAGUAGUUAAAUAGGAAUUUUAAUGUGAUCUCAGUGAUCAUUGUCCCACAGUAUGUUUUAAAGAUUCCAAACAGCAAAAUACGAAUCCUCGUUUAAUUAAGAAGAUACAUUUUAAAAAGUUUUCUCCUCUCAAGGGUUUUUACAUGACAUCUGUUUAAGCAGUAAGGCCCGAGGGGGUGUGGUAUAUGGUCAAUAUACCAUGACUAAGGGCUGUUCUUAUGUACGACGCUACAUUGAGUGCCUGGAUACAGGCCUUAGCCAUGGUAUAUUAGCCAUAUAUUACAAACCCCGAAGGUGCCUUAAUUCUAUUAUAAACUGGUUACCAACGUAAUUAGGGCAGUAAAAAUAAAUGUUUUGUCAUACCCGUGGUAUACGGUCUGAUAUGCCACGGCUUUCAGCCAAUCAGCAUUCAGCGCUCGAACCACCCAGUUUAUAAUCUGAUUUAGCCACUCUCUCUUGUAUUCAGGAUCCUGAGUUGGCUCUAGAAAAUGUCUCCUCCAUAUUUUUUAACUCCAUAUACACACCCCUUUUGAACAAUUCAGAGGCAAAGAUAAAUAUAACCGUUGGUUUUCUUAUGAGCUAUCUGAGCUCAUUAAGAUGUCAAAUCAGACCUGGGCCAAAGCAAGGAAAACUGAAAGGUGGCAAUCUUUCAGACAACUGUCAAUUUGACAAUCUUUCGGACAACUGAGAAGCAGAUGUACUAUCUCGAUUACAAAAGCUGUACUGAGCAAUAUAAACGCAACAUGUAAAGUCUUGUUCCCAUUUUUCAUGAGCUGAAAUAAAAGAUCCCCCAAAUCUUC